UGAAACUAUCCUGGGUCCGUUUAAUUUUUCUCAAUCGUAAACAACAUAAGAAUCAAGUGCAUGUCAAGUGCUUUUACGGCCUUAUGAAAUGUGUACAGCAGAAUCUUGUUUCGGGAAAGAAAGUGACAGUCCAGAUCUAGUGUGAUAAAUCUAUGAUAAAGAACAAUGAAUAAUGAAUCAAAACAACCGUUUCAGUCAGUGACUAUCUCGUGAUCCAAAUUUUGUUACAGACAGAGGAACAAAUAAAUGCGCUAAUCGGACUUCUACCAUUUGCCAUGAGUUAAUAUGUGUUGGGUCAAAUGUUAGUUUAUUCUAAAAUUUUGUAGCAGGAGGACGUGUUUUUGUGUAGUACAUCAGUAAACGGCAGCUAGCACAAAACGUAAGGUUUCCCGAUAAAAACAAACCUCUGUAAAUUAGUAGGAAAUAGCUAGUCUAAACUCUUUUAUGGGUUGUCGUAUAUCGUCUUCGAACAAUGACAAUUUCCUUACAACAAGCGCUGAGGUGGCUAACACAUCACUCGGACAACCAACGACGAUGGAUUAUAAAGCGCGUUUAGAACGGAAGCAGUGCCUGGCCAAAGAGAAUCCAGAACCAAUUUAUGACCUAGCGGAUUGUAACCUCAAAGAUGUACCAUCGGGCGUAUAUAUUAUGUGUAAGGUAUUACGGAAAGAGCUACUAACGUUGGCCAACAAUAAGCUGAGCUCACUGAGUGGAGGUGGAAUCCUGGAUGACUUACAACUAUUGGUAACGCUCGACCUCACUAGUAAUCGGUUCAAAAAACUGCCGGAUGAGAUCUACAAGUUGGAAAACCUCAGGGAACUAUUAAUAUCAAACAAUAACAUAGAAAAAUUUCCGGUAACCAUCAAUCGUCUGAAGAAGUUGGAAUUGCUUGAUAUUUCUACAAAUAAUUUUACUACUCUGGACCCACUAUCGUUUAUGCCUAACCUUAGAAUACUGAACAUUAGCGGAAAUGUUCGCCUAACGAGGAUACCGAAUCAACUGGCGACUUGCGAUAAUCUGGUAGAUUUAGUACUCGACCCGAACACUAUUGUAGAACCCCCUGCGGACGUCGUCAAUGGGGGCACGCAAGCAAUUAUCAAGUAUCUUUCGACCGGUGAAGUUAUUCUCCCACCAAUAGAAGAUCAAACCUUUCUUCGCAAUAAAACCAGUACAAUCGAUCUAAUUUGUAGUGAGCGCAACGUAGUGCGCCAGGCUGACCUAGAGCGGGAUAAGCAUGCGAAAGAACGGAAGUUGUUGGAAUCGGAACGGUUAGCCUAUGAGAAGGAUUAUUUAGCCGAAAGCAAAAUCCACGAACAACAGCAGAAAAAGAAGCAAGAACUGUUACAGCAAUUGUUGCAACAACAAAAUCAGAACGAAAGUUACGUGACUAAACUGCAAGAAGAGAAGCAAUCUGAACGACAACGUUUGAUCAAUAACAUUCUACAAGACGAGAAACAUUCGAGUGAGUUGGUUGAGAAACUUCUAUCUCUCAAAAAUGGUCCCGAUCCUGAAUUUCUCGAACGAGAACGCAAGGAACAGAAUCAUCUGAUCGAACAGCUUCGAAUCCAGCAAAACGAUCUUCGCAAGCAGGAAAUUUUAACCGCAAUGACGGAUUUGCUGGAAAACGAAAUAAAUGUGAUUCAGAAUUUUCACGAUCAACGUGAUCAAUCCUCACGCAACAUACUGGAAAGGGAGUAUGAAACAAAUAAUCUGCUGAAUAAUGUGUUUCUAAACUACGAUCGCAAUAGACAUGAUAUAAUAGAGCAAAUAAACUGUGACGAAGAGAUACAGAAAUCGGCAGUGGCAGCUCUGAUAGCAAGAAACGACUCGCGUACCUGGGGUUUGGUCGAACAGGUGCGCAUUGUUGAGUCCCAGCUGGCAGCACUGACCACGUACGAAAUCGAUCGCAAGAAGACCAGUCAGGAUGAUCAAAUCAACAACCUAGCCGAACAACGGGUAAAUUUAACCUACGUACUGAUGGAUUUGCUCAAACAACAGGACCAAAGAAAGCAACAGCUAUUGGAAACGCUCAAAAUUAUCGAACAACAAAAAGAAGGAGAGCAAACGGACUUCUGGCUGCUGCAGUACCAAAAAUUACUAGAUCGUCAACCAUCGGAAAUAACCAACGAUACGGCAUCGAUCGAUCCGAUACUAGGCUAUCAAUUCCUGGAGAAUGGAGCGGUCCAUUGUUUACCAUUCCUUUCGAAAAUUUGGCAAAAUCGAGAUAAAGAACUGUGCAGUAUCAAUGAGCAGGAUUUGAUUGAAGCUGGUGUGCAGAACCCGGUGGAUCGACGCGCUAUUUUGCUGUCAAUUAGUAAUUAUUACGACUAUCUCAAUCAGAGAAUAGAAUACACAACUACGGAAGCUAGCUCAUCAACGCAAACCCCAACGGCACCGCCACCACCAGAGGACCGAGUGGAACUGGUACCGAGCUUACCUCCAGAGGAACAAUCGGUAGCGAACGGAGUAGUACAGUUUGCCGAGUGUGUUGUAUGCCUUGAAGAAACAGUACAAGUAAUUUUCCUGCCUUGUGGUCACAUGUGCUGCUGUGCUGCAUGCCAAAUAGAUAUACGCGAUUGUCCUUUGUGUCGGGCUUACAUCGAACGAAAAAUUAAAGUUAUUCAACCAUAAAACUAAAUCUUUUGUGCAAACAACAUAGACAUUCAAGCUACUGCCACAAAUUACACAGGUCGCUCGUGAGCAAUAAAAACAAAACAAAAUUGAACAUUCAGCUGAUAGCUGAUUCCCUCGAUACUCCUUGGGACAACAUUCGGUAUAAUACAAUUGUUCGUCACGUGUCACGGAAGCGAGAAUCGUUAAUCUAUUCAAGUUUAUAUAAUUACGUUCACCAGGAAUGAACGAUGAUUAACUACAUUAAAUUACUCUGAAAACUUGCAUUCCCAACAUAAAUCCACAUUUUCAUAUCCUAAUAUUACUAAUCUAGUCAAAACUUUCAUCAGUGAAUUGAAUUUUUGUCGUAGAAGAUUUUAACUUUCAUCAAAACAAACCGAAAAAAAGCAAACAUUUUUAUCCGUUAUUUCUAAUAAGUCAGAUUGUUCUAUAUCAUUACUCAAAAUCAAUCCGUAAGUUUUAGGCUUUAAUUUUUUCUAGUGGAAAACAUAACUUUAAGACACCAAAGUAAGCACAACCGUUGUAAAAGCUCAGCAAAGACAACAAAAUUUACCACUUUAUACAUUAAUAUAUAUAGUGCCUUUUUGGGGAAAAGGAAGCAUUAUAACGCAAUGUACGGUAUGAGGAUAAUAUUGAUAAAGCACUAUGCUACAGGGACUACUCCUGACCACGCAUUAUACGACCAAAAUGGCAUUCAAUUUUCUACGUACAUUUGGCGACGCGUUAUGGCCUCACAUAAAGUAAAAGAGUAACUCUAAUACCACAUGCAUUUAUAGCUAAAAUCUAUCGUUAUCCCAGUUUUUCCGCUAUUGAAAUAACGCUAUGGAAGGCCAGGCCAAGCCAGUAAAUACGAUUGAAAAGUCUCAAUUAGUAACUACGUACUAUUACUCGAUCUAUCUGUUAUAUUCCCUCUGAGAUAUAUAAUUACGUUGAGAUUUGUGUUUUGCACAUAUUCUAUCGGCAUGUUUUACGAAUGAAAAUACAAUAAAACAUAUUUUUAUCUACCUUUUA